AUGCAGCCCUUCAAAUACUCGCUUCCCAAAAACGGUACUGUCACCGGCGCACACUGCAUCCCCCCAUCUCAAGUUUCUCCUGCGGAAUACCGGCCCUUGAUCGUCGCCUUACACGGCGGAGGCUAUGACCACCAGUACUUUGAUGCAACCCCAAGAAACACAGCUUCUUUGACGAGUACUGCUUACGGUGUGCCGUUCGUGUCGAUCGAUCGACCAUCAUACGGCGGAACAAGUUGCGUCCUGCCCAUUCCAGAGGGCUCGAAAUUCCCCCAAGAGACCGCCCGCUUGCUUCACAACUACAUCUUGCCAAAGCUCUGGACCGAGAUCGGUUUGCCCAAUCACUGCAACUCCAUCGUCCUGCUAUGUCACAGCCUUGGGGUGAUGUCCGGCAUCGUGACUGCUGGUCUCCAUGCCCAGGACGCAGCACCAGCCUACCCGUUGAGCGGUCUCAUUGCGAGCGGCAUGGGCGACAAGCAAUCCACGUUCAUGAAGAACACCCCGCCAUUCUUUUCACUGGUGGAUGAGAACCACGCUUCGAUGCCGAUAGAGGCUAAGGAUACUGUCAUGUUCAAACCCGGGACCGUUACGCAAGAAGUCCUUGAUCAGAGCAAGCGCCUCGAUUCCCCUAUGCCGAUUGCAGAAUCGGCCUUAUUUGCUUCCGAAUGGCUUCCGGUGUGGAAGGAGAAGUGGGCGCCGCUCGUCAAAGCACCCGUCAUGUUCUCCUUGGUGGAAGAUGAUCCGUUCUUCGUGGCUACGAAGGAGGAGGUGGAAGUGUGCGUCAGGGCGUUUUCAAACAGCAGUCGGGUUGAUGGGAGUUUCCUUCUGGGUGCGCCUCAUUGCGUGGAGCUGAGUCACUGGUCCCAAGGUUGGUACGCCAGAUGCUUCGGAUUUGCUUUGGAGUGCGCGGCUACCCUUGGUGUCUCUCAGCAACUGGUACAGAAGGAGUAG